AUGGUGGAUGAGAAGGAUACCCCUGAAGAGUUCGAAAAAGCCCAUCAGACGAUGCACUCAUUUAUCGGCAAAGAUUACCAAGACCAAAGUAAUAGUAUGUUAAAGAGCAUACAAGCCCGAAUGGCGCUCCAGGUUUACCAAGGGUAUCAUGAUGGAGCAUCCAGAUUCUUUGAAGUUUAUCGGUCAUUUUUAGAAAUCAAGUCUGCGCAAAGAGAUUUGAAAUCAUACAAAACAUUGGAUGAUUAUUUGGCCUGGCGGUUUCUUGAUGCCGGGGGUUGGAUUUUCAAGGAGAUGCUCCUUUACACUGCAGACCUGAAUUUGAACAAUGAUGAGACGUCAUCUCUGGAGCCGGUCAUUCUCCCUAUCUUGCAAGCUAUGGUACUGACAAAUGAUUAUUACUCAUGGGAUAAAGAAUAUGAAGAAUACAACCGAACUAAUGGGAGCAUGCCAAUGGUAAAUGCCGUCUGGCUUCUGAAGCAUCUGCAUGAGGUUGAUAACACUAAAGCCCGGGAACUUUUAAAAGAAAGAAUACUGGACCUUGAGAUGCAAUACUGUGAUGUUAGGGACGAAUAUCUUCGAACACAAGACCCAAGCCCAGAUAUGAUGCAAUUUUUUGGUCUUAUCGAGCUCGCAGCGGCGGGAAAUCGAUUUUGGCAUGCUACUUCUAAAAGGUAUAACGCAUGGGCACCAAUUCCAACUCCAGCUUCAAGGACAAAGACAAAGCGCUCCGCAUCUCAAAUCGAAGCUAUCGAUUCUGAUGGCGAACGUGAUAGUAAAAGAUCUAAGAUUGAAUCGGAUCAGAUUGCAAGCGAGAGUGGUACACCGUUUGCUAAAACGCCCGAAAGCUUGGAGGUUCGAUCUCCGAAUACAAGCGGAAAUUUUGAUUCCUCUAGCCUCAGUCAAAAUGACACAGAUAAGAUCGUCGUAGAACCUUACAAGUAUAUUUCAUCUUUACCAGCAUCAAACUCAAGGAAUGCAUUACUCGACGCACUCAACUGUUGGUAUUUUGUUCCACAUGAGUCAUUGGAAAUCAUUCGACAUGUCAUUGGUAUCAUUCAUAAUACAUCUCUAAUAUUAGAUGAUAUCGAAGACAACUCUCCUACACGCCGGGGAUAUCCCUCAGCUCAUGAGGUAUUUGGAAUCAGCCAGGCAAUCAAUUCGGCAACAUAUCAAUAUGUGAAAUGUCUUGAGUUUGUCAUGGCUUUGAGCAAGGAAUCUAUCAAUUGCUUUACGCAUACUCUAUCACAAUUGCAUAUUGGACAAAGCCAAGAUCUACAUUGGACAUUUCAUUGCAAAUGUCCCAGUUUGGAGGAAUAUUUCAAACAGACCGAAGACAAAACUGGAGGACUUAUUCGCAUGGCAGCAGGUAUGAUGCGAGCAGAAGCGACUAAGAAUCGUGAUGUAGACGCAGAUAUAUUGAUGAGAAAGCUGGGAAAGUACUACCAGCUUCGCGACGAUUAUAUCGAUCUCAUUCCCAGCUCAAAGGGAGAGGAUAAGAAUCUAGAUACUGUCUACAAUGAUCUUGAUCAAGGAUCUUUCACCCUCCCAAUCAUUCAUGCUCUUGGAAAAGGAGCCGAGAACGGCGAUGCGAAACUUCUUAAUAUCCUCAGAUCGCGAAAGUGGAAUGGAAGGAAAAUGUCUGCAGAAAUGAAGAAAUUGGCAAUUACGGAGAUGGAAAAUAUGGGAAGCUUCAAUUAUGCGAAGGAUUUACUGAAUGACUUGCACGUGAAUACUGAACAUGAACUCGAGAAGAUGGCUGGGUCGGGAGAAAACUGGAUCUUGAGGUUGAUGUUGUAUCGUCUGAAAGUCACAUGA